GUACUGUAGAACCGUACUUGAGAGAACCCGAGAAAUGCCCCUACUACUUAGAUAUAUAAGGCAAUAACAGGCUGCGAUUUGUUACUUGUGCUUAUCAGUAUUCAGUAAAAAUCACAUGGACGAUUCGAAUCUGAAUUGCACAAUCCACACUUAUAAAUAUGCCAACAAUUACAGGCCACGCUGAGCGUGUCUCGCGGUCCUCCAUUGUCACCGGAGCGCCAAUAUGGCCGCAAUCUGUGGAUGAGGGAACGCAUAUGAUGGCGUCUCCGCAGAGGACGUCCAUUGGGUCUUACACACGCACCAGUAGUGUUGGCGAGGGCUCGUCUCUGCUGCCCACGACGGAAACAGCCGACGGCGAGAAACCGCUCGGUGAAGUUGGAUUUGGCGCUACCACUUUCAAUAGCGUCAACACUAUGCUGGGAUCUGGGUGUCUCAGCUUACCGUACGCGUACAGGAUCAGCGGUUGGCUGUUCUGCAGUAUUGUAAUGGUUCUAUUGCUGUUCGUCACACUUCACACGGGCAAGAUCUUGCGGAAAUGUCUAGAUUAUUAUCCCGGAAUUCGGUCGUUUCCUGAUAUCGGAGAGGUAGCAUUCGGCGUGAAAGGACGUUACUUUAUAUCGGUAAUGUUCUACUUUGAGCUAUUUACUGCCUCUGUGAUGUACGUUAUCUUGGCCGCGGACAAUCUUCUAGUACUUUUACCGGCUUGGGAGAAAUGGCAGCUGAUAGUUAUUACGUGUUUAAUCGUACUACCAACGGCCAGUACAUCUAAAUUAGGCAUACUUUCAUACUUUUCCUUGGUCGGUAUCACUGCGUCGCUGGUACUCACUUUGGUAGUGCUCGAAUUUGGAUUCACAACUACUGAGGCACCAGGUAGUGUCUGGGACCCCAUGCCUACAUCUAUCAUGCCACCAGAUUACGAUAAGUCGUUCGCCGUAUUUGGGCUGGUCAUGGUUGGAUUCGCAGGGCAUGCGUGUCUCCCAAGUAUCUAUGAAUCGAUGUCCACUCCCCAGGACUACGACCGAAUGUUGAAUAUCACGUGGAUUGUAUUAUCCACUGUAUAUUUGUCAGUUGCAGUUGUGGGAUACCUCAUGUACGGCAACGAUACUGAAGACAUGAUCACAAAGAACCUGGAGAAAGGCUGGGCCGCCACUAUGACAGUUGUUUUAAUUGUCAUCAACCCGAUGACAAAGUUUGGCUUGACAAUUAAUCCGAUUGCUCUCGCGUCGGAAGAAUUAACUGAGGAAAGAUUAUCGCCUGGGCCACGUUUUAUAUUUGAUAUGCUCGUUCGCUGGGGCCUAACAGGUCUAGUCGCCAUUACGUCAAUUGUGGUGCCGAACUUUGCCACGGUCAUAGGACUUAUUGGCUCUGUUUUCUCAUUUUCCGUGAGUGUACUCUUCCCUGUUGCCGCGUACCUUUCUCUUUACGGCGAUGAAUUGAGUUCUACCGAGAUACUCGUGAAUCGUGUGAUAUUUGGUACUUCUGCCAUUAUGGCUAUUCUUGGAACUUAUGGAACACUCUGUCUAGCCUAAUUAUCGCUCCCUAUUAAAGCCUCAACUCAAAAGGUGUCGCUUUGUGACUAUACCGAUUUCAUUCAACUGUCGAAUACGUUCAUUGGGAAGCUCGGACCGUCGAAGUUGCCAUAUCACUGUUGCUUUAAUAGCGGUGGAUACAUUCAAGGGAGAAAAUAUACUUACCGGAGCUUGCAGAGACAUCGGAACCUGCUAAUACGCUAAUAUCGUUGUCUGUAGAAAUGGCAGUUAACCCGAAGAGGUCCUUAUAACGCUUCAUGAGAAGUUGACCAAGAAGUUGUGACAAUUAUUAACUUGUGAAAUUUCAGGAAUUUCGUUCGAUAUCAACAUUAAUUAAUACUUUAGUUACCUAUCUCGCGAAUCAAUUUGGAUAGUGACUGGGCCGUCAUUUAUGAGAGCCACGUCCAUCAUUGCUCCGAACAUGCCAUCUUGAAUUUUGGCCGGAUCAUAGAGCUGCUUCAAUUCUUCGAUCAUGCUAUGGUACAGCGGUUCCGCCCUGUGGAUGUUUUGCAUUAGACCAACCACAAAAAUGGCAUGCGAAACCACUAUUCAGUGUUCAGUAUUACAUCAAACAAAGUCAUGGGUCACGGAUCACAACUAUUAUCAGAAUAAAGUUCAUAUAAUCGA